AUUUAUUUGUCAAAACGAGUCAUCGACUUUUGUAGUGUUCGUGUGAUUUAUUAGUUUUUAAUUUCCCUUUCAAGUGAGAAUACAAAAAUUAAUAUUGCCGUUAUAGAUUCUCUAAUAUUCCUAAUAAUAAUUAAAUGUUAAAAAAUUCCAAAUUUAUGGGACACGGCUGUAUGACGUUUCAACAAAUCGUGUUGGGUUGUGGAGUGUUGUUUUUUUAAAGUGAUUAUUUCUUUGUUAGAAGAUUACUCAGUGCGAUUUUCGAGAUGCCUAUCUUGUUUAGUGUUGUUGCUCGGGGCACCGUGGUGUUGUCCAAAUAUGCUACCUGUGCUGGCAAUUUCACAGAAGUUACAGAACAAAUUCUAUCGAAAAUUCCACCGCAUGAUGAUAAGCUGACAUACUCCCAUGGAAAUUAUCUAUUUCAUUACAUUGCGGAAAACAAAUUGAUUUAUUUUUGUAUUACGGAUGAUAAAUUCCAGCGGUCCAGAGCUUUUCUAUUUCUCAAUGAAAUCAAGAGAAGGUUCAUAACUGCGUUUGGUGACACUGCUCAGACGGCCAUUCCUUAUGCCAUGAACAGUGAAUUUGCCCGUGUCUUAGCGACGGAGAUGAAACAUUACAGCGAGUCGCGCGACCUUGACACCAUAUCCAGGGUACACGGAGAAUUGGACGAGCUGAAGAAUAUAAUGGUCAAAAAUAUUGACAAUAUGGCAAUGCGAGGAGAAAAGCUAGAAUUGUUAGUGAACAAGGCGGAAAAUUUAGCAACUACAUCGGUGACAUACAGAGCGACGUCGAGAACCUUGCAGCGUUCACUGUUCUGGAAGAAUAUAAAGAUGUAUGUGAUCCUGAUAAGUGUUGCUGGGCUAGCGGUUUACCUCAUCGGGGCGAUGGCAUGCGGUGGCUUGGCGUGGAAGACAUGCGUGGGCUAAGCUAAAGCCACGCUCCAAAUACCAACAAUAUUCCUACUGCGUCGAAAUGUAUUGAUACAAACGGAUGGACAUAUUACGUUAUCAAAUGGGGAUAUCACAAUGUCAGGUAGAUUGUAGAGUGGAGCGAAUAUUACUCAUAUCUAUACACUUAGUUUGCACGAUUUUAUAGAGUUUAUUUUUCAUUGCCGUUAACCAUGGUCUCUCUGAUAAUUGUAAAACUCCUCAAUACUUAUAAUACAGUACAUAGGAUUUCCAAUGGUUGGAAACUGCUGGCAUCCACCUUUCGAAUGCCGGGUAAGACAGCCCUUUGACUUUAUUGGCAUGGGACAAUGGUACAUGGUAUUCCUAAAGCGAUAGUUGAUUAAAACCCUAUAGUAGGAUCCUGUAAUGUUUAAAUUGGUUAAUAAGUUUAAAAUCAUUGUGUAAAUAUUGUCAAAUACGCCACGUUUUUUGUCCUUGUAUCUGUUGUCGUCAGAUUGCACGAUUCGUCAUUUCACAAAUCGUCUGUUUACCGCAAAAAUAUACCUACAUUCAAGAAAAUAAACGCGUCGACUUGAGAACCUCCUUCGUUUAUCGUCGUAUAAAAAUACAAAACACGUGAAUAUAAGACCGUUUGUGAAAUGUCGAAUCUUGCAAUUUGUUGACGACACAUAAUAAUUUAAGCAUUACAUUCUUGACACAACUGUUUUAAUAAUGUUAACAUAUCGUUUUAAUGAUGACAGAAUUUUGAACCAAAUGUUUGAUCAGUAAUAUGUUUAUGUAUGCCAAAUGUAGGAGUGGGGAAUAAAUAUCUUUAGUUAGCCUAGUUGUUGCAACAACUAUGUAAAUAAAACGCGAAAUAAAUCCCUAUUAUUAUUUACAACUGGCCGAAUUAUAUUUAUACAAAGUUUAUUUCUUAUCUAUUUAAUAUUAUGAUAAUUUUAUUUUUGUUUAUAACUUCAAGAACAUAUUGGAAUUUAUUUGGUUCACUAGGUUAUAUUAAAGUUACAAGCAAGUCUGUGCAGGCAGGCCCAUGGAAAAGAAAAUCCGCCGGCGGUACGCGUGGCUUUAGUUUGAGGGUAGAAAGUUGUGUAUGAAGGAAUCGCCUUCUUUCUUACUAAAGCCUGUAGCACGUAGAAUUUUGUCCAAUGACGUAAUAAUAUUGCUGUCGCGACUGUGCGACGGGCACCCGCAGUGAGUGUGCGAGCGCGACAGCAACAUAUUUACGCGCGAGCGAUAAGGAUGGGUAGCUUGGGGUCAUUGGACAAAAUUCUACGUGCUCACGGACCAGGCUUUAGUCUAUCCUCAUGUUGUCCCAAUGUUUGUUUGAGAAUUGAAUUGAUUUUAUACAAAAUUAUAAGAUCAGUCAAAAUGACGUGAUUUCGUAUGAAUUUUUGGAUGCCAUUAUUCCCCGCUGGGUGGCGCUGCUAUUAAGUAACCCUUAAAAUUGGUGUUAAACCUAAUGCAUAAUAUUAUAUCAUGAAACGACAUUGAAUAUUUACUUUAUUAUUAUAUUUACUAGUGAUAACUUUAGCAUUAUCAAUAGGUAAUUAGAGUUGGAUUUAAUUUCGAAUACGAAUCAUUAAACUGACAUUUUACUUCGAGCUGUCACAUUAACCCUGGUAAAAGUGAACGCAGCCCGCAACAUGUAUGAACUACAUACAUUGUCGG